AUGCCGCUCUCGGCACCGCAGCAGCGCGAGCGCCGCGCCGCGCAGCGCGCUGCCGAGGCUCAGGACGCGGCUCGCGGGCAGCGCAAGCCGGACGGCGCCGAGCCGGUGCUAGGCCGCCUCCGCUGCGCCUGCUUCCUUGCGCGCCGCUGGACGUCGGCCGAGAAGACCGCUUCCCUCUGGGGACCCGACUCCGCGAAGAUCGCGCGCGCGUCGUGA